CUUCCGGCUCGGGGGCCGUGAGGGGGCUGAGGGAAGCGACCGGCAGCCCCGGGCCGCGCCUCGGCGGGAGCAGCUCCGGCAGGCCGGGUGCUUACCGGGGGGCGGCUCCCCGGCCUCUCUGCCGGUGGAGGAGCCGUGCGGGUUCCGCUGAGGAGCUGGAAAGAGAAGAAUGGACUCCCUGGAUCACAUGCUGACAGACCCCUUGGAGCUGGGGCCAUGCGGGGAUGGAAAUGGAGCGCGGAUCAUGGAGGACUGCCUGCUGGGUACAACCAGAGUCAGUCUGCCCGAGGACCUUCUGGAGGAUCCUGAGAUCUUCUUUGAGGUUGUCAGCUUGUCUACGUGGCAGGAGGUGCUGACAGAUGCACAGCAAGAACACCUAAAAACAUUCUUGCCUCACUUUCCUGAAAACAACCGCGAGCAUCAGAACAAAAUCAUCUCUGCGUUGUUCAGCGGUGAAAACUUCCGCUUUGGAAAUCCACUGCACAUUGCCCAGAAACUCUUCCGGGAUGGGCACUUCAAUCCUGAAGUUGUGAAGUACCGGCAGCUGUGUUUGAAGUCGCAGUACAAACGCUACCUGAGCUCUCAGCAGCAGUACUUCUACAGACUGCUCAAGCAGAUCCUUGCUUCCCGCAAUCACUUGCUGGAGUUAGCUAGGAAAGGAGGCCCUGAUAUGAUCCUGAAGAGAAAGCAUUUCUCACCAUCGUAUGACGCAGAAGAGCGGGAGAAACGGACACAUCGGCGCUACUUGAAGAUUCUGAGGGAAGUGAAAGAGGAGUGUGGAGAUACUACUUUGUCUUCUGAUGAAGAAGAUCUAAGCUCCUGGCCUCCUAGCUCUCCUUCACGUUGUCCAAGUCCACCAGUUCCCCUGAGAGUGAUACCCACCUUGUCAACCAUGGACAUGAAAACAGCAGACAGAAUAGAACUUGGUGAGAGUGAUUUGAAGAUGAUGCUGAGGAAACACCGUGAGAAACGAAAAUAUCAACCUGACCACCCAGAUUUAGUGACAGCAGAUAUUACUCUUGAGGACAUUAUGACUCGUGUAAAUGCUGGCAGGAAAGGUUCCUUAGCAGCUUUAUUUGACCUUGCAACCUUCAAGAAAAAGGUGAAGGAAAAGGAUGACAAAAAGAAGAAAAAGCUGAAGGUCAUUAAAUCAGAGGUGGAAGAUUUGGCUGAUUCUUUCAGCAGUGCACAUGGGAUCCCAUCACUGUCUCAGGAUCAUUCCCCCAUCCCUCUGUCAUCUGUCAAAGAGGAACCUCUUGAGGAGAUGAAGCCAUGCCUUGGAGUAAAUGAAAUAUCUUCCAGCUUCUUUUUCCUUCUGUUGGAGAUACUGUUUCUGGAAGGACCCGCCAGUCUCUCUGUGCUUGAGGAUAAAGUUAUAGAUUGGCAAACUUCUCCUGCCAGUGCACUGAAUACCUGGUUCUCCUUUGCCCCUAAUUGGUCUGAACUGGUUUUACCUGCCUUGCAAUAUCUGACAGGUGACAGCAGAGAUGUUCCUUCCAGCUUCUCACCUUUUGUUGAAUUCAAGGAAAAAACUCAGCAGUGGAAAUUGCUUGGUUCUUGCCAAGAUCAUGAGAAGGAAUUGGCAGCACUGUUUCAGCUCUGGUUGGAGACCAAGGACCAGACUUUCUUCAAAGAAAAUGAAGACAGCUCAGAUGCUACAAUGCCAAUUCCUAGAGUAAGGACUGACUACGUAGUCCGACCUAGCACUGGAGAGGAGAAACGUGUAUUCCAGGAGCAGGAACGUUACCGUUACAGCCAGCCCCACAAAGCUUUCACCUUCCGUAUGCACGGCUUUGAGUCGGUUGUUGGUCCUGUGAAAGGGGUGUUUGACAAGGAAACAUCAUUAAACAAAGCCCGAGAGCAUUCUCUCCUGCGAUCAGACAGACCAGCAUAUGUCACCAUCUUGUCCCUCGUUCGUGAUGCUGCUGCUCGGCUUCCUAAUGGAGAAGGAACUCGUGCUGAAAUUUGUGAGCUGCUUAAAGAUUCCCAGUUCUUAGCUCCUGAUGUCACAAGUGCUCAAGUUAACGCUGUUGUUAGUGGCGCUUUGGAUCGAUUACAUUAUGAGAAAGAUCCCUGUGUUAAAUACGACGUUGGACGCAAGCUGUGGAUCUACCUGCACCGGGACAGGAGUGAGGAAGAGUUCGAACGGAUCCACCAGGCUCAAGCUGCUGCAGCAAAGGCCAAGAAGGCUCUCCAGCAGAAGCCAAAACCUCCAGCAAAAGUGAAAUCUAGUAACAAGGAGAGCUCUGUGAAAGCACUCCCCAGCAGCACAUCAGAGCCCAGUCAGCUGAGCCUUAGUGACUCCAGCAUGCCACCAACUCCCGUGACUCCUGUGACACCUACUGCACCAGCAUUACCAGCAACACCUAUUUCACCCCCACCAGUGUCUGUGGUUAGCAAGAGUGUACCUAAUGCUGGAUCAGAGCCAGCAAAAUCCAGCCAAAGUGUUCUUCUGGUUUCAUCCCCUACAAUGCCACAGCUUGGGACACUGCUUUCCACAGCCCAGAGUUCACAGACUCAGUCUGGGCAGCAGCCACCUCCCACCAGGGUGGUAAGUCAUACUGCAUCAUCAGUAUUGCCGCAGGUCCGAGUGGUCAGUGCCCAGUCCAGCCUCCCAGCUGUGUCUCAGCAAGCCCCGGUGGUAACACAGCAGCAGCAGCAGCAGCAGCAGCCGCCUACAUCAGUGCCUCAGAUCCGUGUUCCAGCUACAGCCACGCAAACCAAAGUACUGCCUCAGGCUGUGAUGACUCUACCAGUAAAAGCUCAAACCAGUCCAGUACAGGUGCAAAGACAAGGAACCUCUGUGACAGGACAGACAGGCAUCACUGUGACAGGACUGUCUGCAGCACCCAGUCCUGCUGUAAAGGCAGUAACCAGCUCUCCAGGCAGUUCUGCUACAAGUACCUCCUCUACCACUGUCAUCCAGAAUGUAGCUGGCCAGAAUAUCAUCAAGCAGGUGGCUAUUACAGGGCAGCUUGGCAUGAAGACCCAGCCUGGAAGCAGCAUCCCACUCACAGCUACCAAUUUUCGGAUCCAAGGAAAAGAUGUGCUGCGCCUGCCCCCCUCCUCAAUCACCACAGAUGCGAAGGGACAGACUGUGCUGCGAAUCACCCCGGACAUGAUGGCCACCCUGGCCAAAUCUCAAGUCACUACUGUCAAACUGACUCAGGACCUCUUCACAGCAGCUGCUGGAAGCAGUGCUAGUGGGAAGGGCAUUUCUGCAACAUUGCAUGUGACAUCCAAUCCUGUCCAGACUGCUGAUUCUCCAGCCAAGACUAGCACAGCCUCAUCUUCUUCUUCCAGUCCAGCUGGAAGCACAGUGGUUAAAGUGACUCCUGACUUAAAGACUGCAGAGCCAACGAGUUCUGCUUUCAGACUGAUGCCUGCUCUAGGCAUGACUGUGGCAGAUCAGAAGAGCAAAGCCAUUACUACAGUGGCAUCCACUGAGGCCAAGCCAGCUGCUACCAUAAGAAUCGUCCAAGGACUGGGGGUGAUGCCACCCAAAGCUGGGCAGACAAUUACUGUAGCUACUCAUGCUAAGCAAGUACCUUCUUCUGCAGCAGUGAGCGUGCCUGGCACAGCCCAUACCUCAACUGUCUCAUUACCAACCAUGAGCGCUGCUGUUUCAAAAGCAGUUGCUGUUGCUUCAGGAGCUGCUGGGACUCCCAUAACUAUAGGCACAGGAGGUACUGCUGUGCGCCAGGUGCCUGUCAGCACCACAGUAGUAUCCACAUCACAGGCAGGUAAACUACCAGCCCGAAUAACGGUGCCUCUGUCAGUGAUCAGCCAGCCAGUGAAAGGCAAGAGCGUGGUGACUGCCCCCAUCAUCAAGGGCAACCUCGGGGCCAACAUCAGUGGGUUGGGCAGAAAUAUCAUCCUGACUACAAUGCCAGCAGGGACAAAACUGAUUGCUGGGAACAAACCAGUGAGUUUUCUGACUGCACAGCAACUGCAGCAGCUGCAGCAGCAAGGCCAAGCCACACAGGUGCGAAUUCAAACAGUACCAGCCUCCCAUCUCCAGCAGGGAACAGUGUCUGGCUCAACUAAAGCAGUUUCCACUGUCGUCGUGACAACAGCUCCAUCUCCAAAACAGUCCCAAGAUCAGCUAUGAGUACUGGUCUGAAAACUGAUCGCUUUCCUGAAUACGUUGUCAUCUUCCAUCCAGCCAUCCAAGGUUACCUAACCACAGUCAUGGCGAGGGAUUGGACUGGAUUCUGUCACGUGCAACACAUGUUACUUGUUCUGCAGUCAGCAUGUGAUGUUGAGGUAGAAAUUCCACAUCAGAAGAUGCUGUACCUGUAAAACAAAUGGUUUCAGUCCAGAUCUGUAAAGCUAAAUUCUGUGGCAUUCGGCAUUUAAGAGAUGUCUUUUUUUCCCAUGUUCUCUUCCCAUCUGAAGAUCUUUUUACAAAAGGCCAUCUGUCAUUUCUGUCCAUUUUGGUUUAUAGACAAAGCAAUUGAUCUUGGGUCUUCUUAACCAGGGUAUCUUGCUCAGAAGAGGUAACUUGUUGGCUUUUCAAAGUCAUGAAGAAGGUGCAUUAUUUUGGUGAAGCCUAGCUGUCACUAAUUUUAUGUAGGUGACUUGGGAUCAUGGCACAGACACCAGACGUUGUUUGUAACAUAGCCUGGAAGUAGAUCCCUAAAACAUUCAAUGUACUAUUUAUAUAUAGACUUUUAAAAUACCUCUUCCCUAUCUCUGAGCUCAAACUUCUUGUUGAAUGGAUACCACUUCCAUGUCAAAUUUCUGUCAAGGGCAAUAUAAGAGCCCCUAGGUUGAUUCUUGAUGUUGAAAAAAAAAGCUAGUAAACAUGGGGAAGAGUGAGAAGUGGAGGAGAUACAAAAAAGUCAGAGAUAUAAAAAUGAUAAGAAGUCAUUGUGUGAGUAAGUCUGUCAACAAAUAAGAAUAUGAUGGAAAGGAAAGCAUUCACCAGAAGCAUUCUCCUUUAAUUUUCCUCAACAAAUCUUUGUAUCAGUCAGAAAAGACUAGUUUAUUUUAAAAGUUUGGAAUAUGUUUUCAAAUAUACCCCAACUUCAGUCUCUUGGAGUUGGAAGUAUUUUAGCCAGUGAUUCUGGCCUUCAGUUUGGUUUUUAUCUUUGGAAUUUUAUCCCUUUAUAAAGUUGAGUUUUGCACAUACUGGAGAAGAAUUCCUUGCUGUCCUGAUGUGACCCUGAAGCUUUUCCAGAAUAAGAUCGCAAGGAGUGUUGAGCUAGAAGAAUAAGAAUACAGAAAGCCUUACAGAUCCCUUUGCCAUCUCCUUUCAGUUUUGUACAGCUUGUUGUUUUGUGUACAUGAUUGUUUAGCUUGCCAAGGGCUAAUAGAUUGUCCAUCUUCCUUUGUGAGAUGGUUCCUUCUAA